UUGACAGUCAACAAAAUACAUUAUCAGGUCAGAAACUUGGAAUAUUUGGGUUGAUUCCUUUUUCGUCGAGUUGAAUAAACCUCGUCUGCGUGAGAAGACUUCUUCCAGAAUAUAAGCACAAGCGGCUUUGUUUAUUUGAGAGAGAGAGAGUCACAUAAACCAUAACACAACAUAACAGAGAAAACAGAAGUAGAAGUUUUUGGAUCUAAGAUGAUGGCGACGGUUAUUGCAGAGAAGAAGCCGAAAACAAAGAUCGUGUGCACACUUGGACCUGCAUCGAGGUCUAUUCCGAUGAUCGAGAAGCUUUUGCAAGCAGGCAUGAACGUUGCUCGAUUCAACUUCUCUCAUGGUUCCCAUGAAUACCAUCAGGAAACCCUCGACAAUCUUAGAGCUGCUAUGGAGAAUACCGGUAUUCUCUGCGCCGUCAUGCUCGACACUAAGGGGCCUGAGAUUCGAACUGGAUUUCUCAAGGAUGGAAAGCCUAUCCAACUGAAACUAGGUCAGGAAAUAACUAUUUCUACUGACUAUAGCAUAAAGGGUGAUGAGAAAACAAUCUGUAUGAGCUACAAAAAGUUGGCCGAGGAUGUGAAGCCUGGGAGUGUCAUACUCUGCUCAGAUGGCACAAUAUCAUUUAAAGUUUUAUCGUGUGACAAAGAAUUGGGUUUGGUUCAGUGCCGCUGUGAGAACUCUGCCGUUCUUGGCGAGAGAAAAAAUGUUAAUCUUCCUGGUGUCAUAGUGGAUCUCCCAACUUUGACUGAGAAAGACAAGGAAGAUAUCAUGGUCUGGGGAGUUCCCAAUAAGAUUGACAUGAUUGCGCUAUCUUUUGUUCGAAAAGGUUCUGAUCUGGUGCAAGUUCGGAAACUGCUUGGAAACCAUGCUAAGAACAUUCUUCUCAUGUCAAAGGUUGAAAACCAAGAAGGGGUUGCAAACUUUGAUGAUAUCCUUGCAAAUUCAGAUGCAUUUAUGGUGGCACGUGGUGACCUUGGAAUGGAAAUUCCGAUAGAGAAGAUAUUUCUGGCACAGAAGGUGAUGAUUUAUAAGUGCAAUAUCCAAGGAAAACCGGUUGUUACUGCAACCCAGAUGUUGGAGUCAAUGAUCAAAUCUCCCAGGCCAACCAGAGCUGAAGCUACUGAUGUUGCCAAUGCAGUUCUGGAUGGGACAGACUGUGUCAUGCUUAGUGGUGAAACUGCUGCCGGAGCUUAUCCAGAACUCGCUGUUCGAACUAUGGCUAAAAUAUGUGUUGAAGCAGAAAGCACCCUUGACUAUGGAGAUGUAUUUAAAAGGAUAAUGGAGCACUCGCCAGUACCCAUGAGCCCAUUGGAGAGUCUAGCUUCUUCUGCGGUUAAAAUGGCCAACUCAGCUAAAGCAGCUCUCAUAUUGGUUUUAACUAGAGGAGGGACUACUGCAAAAUUAGUGGCUAAAUACAGGCCUGGCACACCAAUUCUUUCUGUUGUUGUCCCUGAGCUUAAGACUGAUACCUUUGAUUGGUCAUGCAGCGAUGAGUCCCCUGCAAGGCAUAGCUUGAUUUUCCGAGGAUUGAUUCCAAUAUUAAGCGCAGCUUCUGCUAGAGCUUCUCAUGCAGAAACAACAGAAGAUGCAAUAGACUUCGCCCUUCAAUUUGCCAAGACAAAGGGACUCUGCAUUAACGGAGAUUCUGUCGUUGUUUUGCAUCGUGUGGGCACUGCAUCAAUCAUCAAAAUCUUGACCGUGAAAUGAUCUCCCAAUAAAGUGUUUGUUAUCUGUAUUUUGGCAAUAUAUUUUUAUGGUGGAAAGUGGUCUUAUCAUACCAUUUCCAGUCUACAUUUCAUGCAAAACAUCAAUUAGAUGCUUUUAUUGGGGGUUCGUAUUUUACACGUAUCCGUAUAUCACUGUUUCCUUAUUAUUGUUAUCAUUUGAGGCACACUGAAAACUCUCUUCGUUUUAAAGAUUAUGUAUGAAGCUUUUGGCACUCGGAAAUGUUACUAACUUUUGACUUCUGAUUA